GCUGUGCAGCUCCACACAAACACACACACACACACACUCUCUUUCGCUCUUUCUGACUCACUUACUUAGCAACCAUACAUGCUACAGCAGGACAGGGAAUCAGACUGCAGUAUUUGACUUGCACACUGUGGAGAUACCGUUAAGAAGACAAAACAUUUAGGGGUUUUCUUUGUUUUUCUCUUUUACUUGGCUUCCACAGACCCUCAAUUGUUGAGGUUGAGUGAGUCGUGAUGGCUUCCUGCAGUGUGUCUAUCUACUUCCUAUUACCACUCAUCGCUGCCAUGUCAGCAGCAGAGCCGCCAGGCUGCAAGAUCCGGAUCACCAACAGAGGCCUCGAAAUGUUGAAGUACGAGACCCAGAAGUUUGUGGUGGAGGAACUGAGCAACAUCACCAUGCCAGAGAUGAAGGGCAAUGAGGGUCGCUUCCAGUACACCAUCAAUGAGGUGAAAAUAACUGAGUUGAACCUGACCUACGCUGACCUGGCCUUCCAGCCUGGUCUGGGACUGCUCUUCGAGGUGCAGAACUCCUCCAUCGCCCUCAGUUUCCAGAGACGCGUCCUAUACUGGUUCUUCUAUGACACCGGAGCCAUCAACGCCUCUGCAGAAGGCGUGAACAUCCACACUGUCCUGCACAUGACCAAAGAUGAGUUGGGCCGUCUCAAGAUCUCCAACAUCACCUGUGAUGCCUCCAUCGCCAAAAUGAAAAUGAAGUUCACUGGCACCUUGGGGAGGGUGUAUGACUUCCUGGCGACGUUCUUGACCACAGGAAUGCGCUUCCUUCUGAACCAACAGAUCUGCCCUGCCAUGAACCAUGCUGGUUUGGUUUUAAUCAACUCAUUGUUGGAGACAAUUCCAGUGCGAACUGAAGUGGACAAGUAUGUGGGGAUCGACUACUCUCUCCUAAGUGACCCAGUGGUGACUUCAAGGAGUCUUGACAUGGAUUUCAGGGGCAUGUUCUUUGAGCUCGGGAACGAGAGCAACACCUUGGUCAACUAUGCCGUCAACCCAAUCGUGAGAGAGUACGACCGCAUGGUGUACCUGGGUCUGUCCGAGUACUUCUUUGACAGCGGGUUGUACUCCUAUUAUAAAGCCGGCAUAUUCCAAAUGAAUAUCGCCAACGAGCGCAUGCCAAAGGAUCUGGAGCUGCUCCUCAGGACGACCUAUUUUGGCACCCUUAUGAUGAUGAACCCAGCCCUGGUGGAGUACCCUAUCUCCCUGCAACUGGAGUUGAACUCAGCCCCCAAGACUACCAUCAAGACCUCCGGGGCCACUGUGGCCGUCACCGCCAUCGUCACAGUGAUGGUGCUACCGCCCGGCACGGCGCCUGUUCAGCUCAGCAGCAUGACCAUGGAGGCCAAAUUCAAUGCCAAGGUGUCCAUGAAGGGCAAGAGACUGGCUGUCCAUGCAGACUUGAGGAGGUUUAAAAUCUUCUCCAACCAGUCUGCUUUGGAAUCACUGGCGCUUAUUCCCCUACAAGGCCCACUGAAGACCAUGCUGCAGAUCUCAGUAGUACCCAUCAUCAACAACUGGACCAAGAGAGGUGUCUCGAUCCCUCUUGCAGAUGGUUUGGACUUCAUAGAGGAAGUGGUGGAGUAUCAUAAUGGUUACCUCAUCAUCGGGGCAAACCUACAUUUCAGCAAGGGCCUGAGGGAGAUGAUCGAAAGGAAAAUCCAGGCUGAUGCCGAGAACACCAUCUAAAGAGGAUUCUCCACCUGCAAUAGCCAAGGAUAUACAUCUUAGAUUAUAGAUAACACUCCAUCCAAUCCUGCGUUUCAAUGUCACUUCCCUGUUGAACAUGUAGUGGACUUUACUGUAAAGAUUCCAAACCAUGCAGAUCCUAAAUAUUUCUACAGCUCCAAGAUAAUACACUAGGCUACCAUGUGUCCAAUUUCUGAGAUACAAAUUGGACAAUUAAAAUCAUGCUUAUGUAUUACGAUCGCCAUAAUAAUACCGCAACUUAAGUAUAUUUUAUCCAGUUGCCAUUUUGAGAAGUGCUUUAAAAUAUACUUUUAUACUGUUGCCUAUUUUUGAUAGUGUAUAGAGAAAUCAACAAGGUUGACAUAUCGAUUCAAAUUGAAAUUCUUGCCUCAGAAUGGCACAUAUGUGACUGCACUACUCAGAACAAUACUUGACCUCUGUAAUAAUUGCCCAUCGUCAUGUCAAUGCUCAUUGUAAUUUCAUAGGAAUUAAUUGUGCAGCUCUGAACCAUCCAUUUAAAAUGAUGUUUAACUGUACAAUAUUCUCAACUUUAAAAUAAUUUCAAAAUGUUUCUACAAACAAAACUACCUUCCUUUACCAUUAGCCACAGAAGAGCUAGCUGGUAGGAAAUACUGCAUAAAAAAUGUAAUGUUGAGUGAAUGUAAAAAACAAAACCCCUUUGUAAAUAUGGCUUUAUACCUGCAAUCGGAGUAUUCAAUAAUCAACAUACUUUCCUUACAUGUGUAACUACAUUCAGUAUGACAGUGUUUAAUAAAUCAGUCGACAAUUAAUAAAAUGACAAAACAACAA